AUGGCACCAAAGAUUAGAGAAGAUUUGGUUAUACCUUACAAACAUGUUCCAGCUAAACCAAGAAAAGACUCUACCGGAGUAAUAGCUCAAUCAUUACCUAUGGCAGCCAUGUUUAUGAGAAACAAAGUUUUAUCAUGGUCAUCAUUAUUUUUAUCAGUUCAAUCCUAUUUAAAUGAACCAAUUAAUAAACCAGAUUCUGAUGAUGCUUCUCAACCUCCAUUUAUGAAGAUUGUUUUCGCCUUUGUUGCUGUACUUACUUGUUAUAUGGAUGUUUUCUUCCCAAACACCAAUCCUGCUUUAAGAAUGGCAGCUAAAGUGGCAACAGAAACACCAGCUGCUUCAAAAUAA